AUGGCUAAUGAGUGGCUGCUAUGUCUGACCCUGUCAGUCAUCGUAGCUUCUUGGCACAGCGGUGUGAGUUCCAUCCACAAUGACCAGGUUUGCAGUACAUGGGGAAAUUUCCACUUCAAGACCUUUGAUGGGGAUGUUUUCCAGUUGCACUCCACCUGCAACUAUAUCAUGACGUCUUCAUGCAAGAGCAGCUAUAAGGACUUUAACAUCCAGAUAAGAAGACAGGAGGCUGGCAGCCAUCCUGUCAUCAAAAACAUCAUUAUGCAGCUGGAGGGUGCAGUGGUGGAGCUCUCCAAGGGCUCAGUGGUCGUUGAUGGCAAACCGGCCACCCUACCAUUCAGUCAGGCAGGAGUGCUCAUUGAGAAAACUCCCACCUACAUCAAAAUCAAAGCAAAGCUGGGUUUGGUUGCUGUCUGGAAUGAGGAGGACUCUUUUCUGGUGGAGCUAGACUCGAAGUACAAGAACCAAACUUGUGGUCUCUGUGGAGACUUUAAUGGAGUCCAGCUCCACAAUGAGUUCUACAGCCACGGUGUGAAACUAUCCCCCAUGGAUUUUGCUAACUUCUGGAAACUGGAUGGUCCAACUGAAAGCUGCUCUGACUACACACUGGAAUCAACACAAAACUGCAGUGGCGUGGUGAGGCUUCUCCCAGUUAUGCGAAAAUCAAAAUGGGAAAACUCAUUCUACACAAUACCUUAUCACUAUUAUCAUAUGACAAGUACGCAGGACUGUACUGGGACAUACUACAAUACUAAACCUCUGUGCGAGCAGAUUCUCACUGGGCCAGCUUUCAGCAGCUGUCACAGUCUACUGGAUGUUGCCUCCUUCACCUCUGCCUGCGUUGCAGACCUCUGCCACUGCGGCAAUGGCGUAGCAGAGCAUGCAGACCCCUUCUGUCUGUGCAACACUGUGUCUGAGUUCUCCAGACAGUGUGUCCAUGCUGGCGGCAAGCCCAACAACUGGCGAGCUAAAGAGCUCUGCUGGAAGUCAUGUCCUGACAAAAUGGAGUAUAAAGAGUGUGGGAGCCCUUGUGCUGAUACCUGCUCCAACCCAGACGCCAGCCACACCUGUGACAAUCACUGUAUCGAUGGAUGCUUUUGCCCUGCAGGCAUGGUGUUGGAUGAUUUAAAUGAAAGAGGUUGCGUCCCACUGAGCAACUGCUCAUGCAGCUACAAUAACAAGAUCUACAGUCCUGGAGAGUCCUACUCUAGUAACUGCAAAAAAUGUGUGUGUGAGAGUGCUCAGUGGAAAUGCACAGAGGAGAACUGUCCAGGAACCUGCUCUGUGGAGGGAGGAGCUCAUAUCAACACCUUCGACGGAAAAGUCUACUCCUUCCACGGAGACUGCUCCUACGUUCUGGCUAAGGACUGCAGUGGAGCCCAGUUUGUGGUACAGGGAGACCUGGUGCAGUGUGGACUGACUGAGAGUGAAACCUGCCUCAAAUCCCUCACUUUGGGUUUGUCUGGAGGGGCUAAUGUGAUCACCAUCCAGCCCACUGGCAAGGUUUUUGUGAAUGGGAUCUACGCUCAGUUGCCCUUCUCUGCUGCUGGGAUCUCCGCCUUCAGAGCAUCCUCCUUUUACCUGCUCAUCCAGACAUCCAUUGGUGUUCUGCUGGAGGUGCAGCUCCAACCAGUCAUGCAGCUCUACAUCACACUGAGCAGUGACUACCAAGCCAAGACCUGUGGUCUGUGUGGCAAUUUCAACAGCAACCAAGCUGAUGACUUUCUUAAGCUCAGUGGUGUUCCAGAAGCCACAGCAGCUGGUUUUGCCAACAGCUGGAAGACACAUGCCGGUUGCCCCAAUGUUAAGAGCAACUUCGAGAACCCAUGCAGUCUUAGUCUGGAAAAUGAGAAAUAUGCCCAGCACUGGUGCUCCAUGCUGAGUGACCCUCAGGGAGUGUUCGCCUCCUGUCACUCCGAGAUCAGCCCCGACCAUUACAAAGACAACUGCAUGUACGACAGCUGUAACUGUGAGAAAAGUGAGGACUGCAUGUGUGCUGCAGUCUCUUCCUAUGUCCAUGCCUGUGCAGCUGCAGGAAUCCAGAUCAGCAACUGGAGGAAGACCAUUUGUGGAAAAUAUGCCAGCUCCUGCCCCAGCAGCAUGAUCUACUCCUACAACAUCACAUCCAGCAGCCGCACCUGCCGCUGCAUCGGCACCACAGAUCCCAGCUGUCACCUCUCCUUCCCGUCCAUUGACGGCUGUACCUGUGCAGAUGGAACCUAUCUGGAUGACUCUGGAAAGUGUGUCCCACCUCAGGCUUGUCCCUGUUAUGACGAAGGCUCAGUGGUGCCUCCUGGACAGGUCGUCAACAAGGAAGGGGUCAUGUGCUCCUGUAAGGAUGGCAAACUCAGCUGCAUUGGAGAGCUUAUGAUACAGCCAUCAGCCUGUGCCCCUCCCAUGGUUUUCUUCAACUGCUCUGCUAAUGGCCCGGCUGCAAAAGGAACCGAGUGUCAGAAGAGCUGCAACACAUUAGACCUGGAAUGUAUAUCCACAGGGUGUGUCUCCGGCUGUGUGUGUCCAUCUGGAAUGGUAUCUGAUGGUCAAGGAGGCUGCGUUACACUAGAGGCCUGUUCCUGUGUUCACAAUGGCAUCUCUUACCAGCCUGGAGAGAGCACCACGGUGGACUGCAACACUUGCACCUGCAAAGGCCGCACGUGGCAGUGCACUACCAACCAGUGUGACGGAACCUGCUCUGUCUAUGGGGCUGGACACUACAUGACUUUUGACCAGAAUCGCUUCACCUUUGAUGGCAGCUGUGAAUAUAUUCUCGCUCAGGACUACUGUGGCAGUGCUCAGAGCAAUGGCACCUUUAGAGUGAUCAUUGAGAAUGUUCCAUGUGGAACCACAGGAACCACCUGCUCCAAGACCAUCAAGAUUUUCCUGGAGAGUGCAGAAUUGAUUCUAACGGAGGGAAGCUACCAGCUGCUCUCAAGUGGAAAUGAAGAAACAGUUCCAUUCCGUUAUAGCACAAUGGGCCUCUACCUGGUAAUUGAAGCCAACAAUGGACUCAUUCUCAUAUGGGACAGGAAGACCAGUUUGUUCAUCAAGCUCAGUCCAAAAUAUGAGGGUCAUGUGUGUGGGCUUUGUGGAAACUAUGAUGGCAAUGCAAAUAAUGACUUAACCACAAGGAGCAACGCUGUGGUGGUCAGCCCACUGGUGUUUGGGAACAGCUGGAAAGACUUGCCAAGCUGCCCCGAUGCUCAGAAUAUCACCAGUCCCUGCACUGCCAACCCAUACAGACAGUCAUGGGCCCAGAAACAGUGCAGCAUUAUACAGAGCGACGUCUUCUCUGCCUGCCACUCAGUGGUGGAUCCUACUCCAUUCUAUGAAGCAUGUGUGUUUGACUCAUGUGCUUGCGACACUGGUGGAGACUGUGAGUGUUUCUGCACUGCUGUGGCCGCUUAUGCUGAAUCCUGUAAUCAAGCUGGCACCUGCAUACAAUGGAGAACCCCCAACACUUGCCCUGUCUUCUGUGAUUACUACAAUCCCCCUGGUGAGUGUGAAUGGCACUACAUGCCUUGUGGAUCUCCCUGCAUGAAAACCUGUAGGAACCCCUCAGGCAACUGCUCUGCACAGAUACCUCCUCUAGAAGGUUGCUAUCCAAAAUGUCCACCGGCUCAGCCAUUCUUUGAUGAGGACACAAUGACAUGUGUUGCAAAUGGACAUUGUGGCUGCUAUGAUAACGAAGGGAGACACUAUAACAAUGGUGAAAACGUGCCAACAACUGAGAACUGUCAAACAUGUACAUGCAAUUCAACGACCAUCCAAUGCCACUAUGAUGAACAAGCCUGUAAUUGCACAUAUGGGGGAAACAAAUAUCUGCCUGGCGAUACUAUCUAUAACACAACAGAUGGACAUGGCAACUGUAUUAUAGCAGUGUGUCUGAAGAAUGGUACCAUUGACAGGAGGUCAUACCCAUGCCCAGUAACUUCACCGACAACACAUAUGCCCACUGCAACCAGUACUACACCCAGCCAAUCUUCAACCACCUUUUCCUUUACAUCGACCACACCAGAAUGCUACUGGUCCCAAUGGAUAAGUGCAGACUACCCUGAAUAUGGCCCAGGAGGUGGGGACAAUGAAACUAUCAAGAACGUUAUUCAGAAAGGAUAUCACAUCUGUGAGAAUCCAGUGGCAGUGGACUGUAGAGUGUUGCAAAACAGUCCAAGUCCAGUGCAGCACAACACCAAAAACCAUUACACCUACUACACCUCUUCCCACAACAAUGACGCCUUCGACAACAACAUCAGCACCAUCCACAACAACAACAACACCUUCUACGACGACAACAACAAGACCUUCAACUACUGCAUCUACAACUCCUUCUACCACAACAGAAACAACAUGUCCAUCAACUUCUUCUGCCCCAACAACGACAACCCAUUCAACACCUUCGACAACAACAACAACGCCUUCAACUCCAUCUACAACUACAACAACAACAACAACGACAACAACACCUUCAACUACUACAUCCACAACAAUGGUCAAAGCUGGAAGGAAAGUAACUGUGUAAUCGGAACAUGUAAUAACGGUACGGUGACCUAUAACCACACACAAUGUCCACCUAAGAAACCUAUAGUGUGUGCAAAUAAUUUCCCUGCUGUUGAAGUGGUGGAUGAAGAUGGAUGCUGCUCUCAUUAUGAAUGCCAAUGUAUUUGCUAUGGUUGGGGUGACCCACAUUAUGUUACCUUCGAUGGAACCUACUAUGCUUUUCAAGGCAACUGUUCUUAUUGGCUGAUGAAAGAAAUAUUGCCCAAGUACAACUUCAGUGUUAUGAUUGAGAACUACUAUUGUGAUGCAACUGAUGGCUUAACCUGUCCAGAGUCCAUUACUGUCUUCUACCAAAACUACCAGAUCUUUAUUACACAGAAGGAUAUCAAUGGCAUUUUCACAAACGAGAUUUCUGUGAAUGGCAAGCCUGUAAGUCCUGCAUACCAGAAUAGUGUCUUCCGUAUAACCACCACUGGUAUCGAUACGGUGCUCCUCAUCCCCCAAAUCCAGGCCAAAGUCACCUUCUCCGGGCUCAUAUUCAGUAUCUACCUGCCCUAUAGUGAAUUUGGCAACAACACUGAGGGACAGUGUGGCACAUGUGACAACAACCGCACGGACGACUGCAUGUUGCCCAGUGGCAAAAUUGAUCCAUCAUGUCCCAAUAUGGCACAUCAGUGGCAUACCAACGACAGUUACUGUGAACCUCCACCACCACCAUCCACACCAACACCUACGCCUAUUCCCUGCAAUACAACAAUUUGUGAGCUCAUCAAAAGCAGGUACUGUAUGAGAAAGUACUUUAAAUAGUCUAUUGAGACACUGCAUAUUACUUUGACUACUUUUCACAAACAUUCUUCUAACACUUCCAGCACAGCUCAAGCCUGAAUUAAAUACUGUUAAAGAU